GUGUAAGCCAUAGGUAAGUUUGAUCUGCUCUGGUUCUUUCUGCACAGCCUGUCCAGAAGCACUCACGCCAUUGACUCUAUAGACUUACUUGUGGGUUGCGAGGCGCUCAGCGCUCGCGCUGAAAUCUGGGGCGCAAGCAUGAACGACGAGGAUGUCCCUAUGGAGGACGAGAUCAUUGCAUCCACAGAGUUCAAUAAUGGGCCGGUGGAUUAUGCACCGGAGUUCGUCACUCCAACUGAUGUUUUUGCGAACCCAAACAUGGCUCAUCUGCCAAAGAACGCACAAUUACCACCCCAUGAGAGUGCGGUGUCCAAGCCAUCAGCAUCACAUUAUGCGGAUGGCCGAUCAGACAAGAUGGAUAUCACACUCACCACUCCGCACCGAGGUAUAAGCCCACAAGUACGGAUUCCGCCGAAACCAAGAUCACAGGCCCUGCCGCUUGCAACGUUGAAGACUGGGCUGGUUUACGAUCCUCGUAUGCGAUUCCAUGCAGAGCUCCCAAACGACUCGUCAAUAGACGAAAUACAUCCGGAAGACCCGCGCCGUAUUCAUUCGAUAUUCGAGGAAAUACGAGAAGCUGGACUUGUGCGUGGCCCGGAGAACUCAGACACGGACGAACAUGAGGAAUACUGCUGGAGAAUUGGAGUGCGACCGGCUGAGAAACAUGAGAUUCUGUUGAUUCACACAGAGCAACAUUAUGAUUUCGUCUCUUCGCUACGAGAAAUGACUACGGAAGAGCUGUCGGAGCAGGGAAAAAACCUUGAUUCGAUCUACUUCAACCAUGCCACUUACGACUGCGCCACUCUUGCAGCAGGAGGUGCCAUUGAAGCUUGCAAAGCUGUUGUGCAAGGUUCUGUACGCAACGCGAUCGCUAUCAUCCGACCACCUGGUCACCACGCCGAAAGUGAUCAACCCUCGGGUUUUUGCAUCUUCAAUAACGUGCCUAUUGCGGCGCGCGUAUGCCAAGAUGCAUACCCACAGACCUGUAGAAAGGUCCUCAUCCUUGACUGGGACGUCCAUCAUGGCAACGGGAUCCAGCAUGCAUUUUAUGACGAUCCAAAUGUGCUCUACAUAUCGUUACAUGUUUAUCGUGGUGGUAACUUCUACCCGAAUCUACCGGACGGCGACCUGACUUACUGCGGAGAGGGUGACGGUAUCGGGAAGAACGUCAACAUACCUUGGGACGAACAUGGCAUGGGCGAUGCCGAGUACCUAUACGCUUUCCAGGAGGUCGUAAUGCCAAUAGCUAGCGAGUUCGACCCGGACCUGGUGAUCAUCUCGGCCGGUUUUGAUGCCGCGGAAGGAGAUGUGCUCGGCGGAUGCUUCGUUACUCCAGCCUGCUAUGGUCACAUGACACACAUGCUGUCUCGAUUAGCGAAAGGCAAGCUUGUGGUUUGCUUGGAAGGGGGCUAUAACUUGCGCUCUAUUGCUCGUUCCGCACUUGCAGUUACGAGGGUAUUAAUGCAAGAGCCCCCAGACCGACUAAGCGAAGACCUAGCACCAAAAGCCACUGCUGUCCGUACGAUCGAGCAAGUGAAACGUCAACACUCCAAGUAUUGGAAGUGUCUCUACCCAAAGCAUCUAGACAGGACUGAUCCAGGUUUUGCCGCAACCGAUGCGUUGCAUCAUAUCAUCAGAGAAUGGCAGAGCCAACGUCUUGCCCAAGAGCAUUCCAUGACACCCUUGCAGAUAUACCAACCAGGACUUGCACAUACUUUCGUGCACAACGUGGUUGCAUCAUCUGGUUUCAUGGGGCGUAAGCCACUUCUGGUAAUCUUUCACGAUCCUCCCAGCUUGCAGGAUCACCCAGAUCAGGUCACUGGGAGAAGGGAGCUACACAACACAUGGCUUAGCUACGUCGACUGGGCCAUAACGAACGAUUUUUCCGUCAUUGACGUAAACGUUCCUCAGAUCGUGGCUCUAGAAAACGAAGAGUCGAACCUGGGCUUUACCAAAGUAGACGAUCAGAAAACUCGGUCGGAUAGAACCCGUGAAAUGGCCACCUAUCUCUGGAACAACUACAUCGAGCCUAGCGAUGCGACGCAAGUCUUCUUCAUGGGAGUAGGUGAUGCUUAUCUUGGCUUGGUUGACCUGUUGAGUCGAAAUGAAUCUACUACCGAGAAUGGUAGCAGAGUAGAGCUCAUCAUAGGAUUUGUGGCAGACUCGGCUAUACAAUCCAUCAAGCGUCCCACAGACGACGAUAUCGGGAUGUGGUAUUUCCACCACACUAGAAUCUUUGUAAAGCAGAGCCACUUCGCCUUCAGCCGCAACACAACGAAGAAACUACGCAAAAAGCUAGGCAAUCUCCAGCAAUCAGACUGGGACACCUUGGAUGAAAUGCUGGUCGGUCACAGGAAAGAAGUGCAAGAUCUGCUGUUGGAGAAGAGAAACGAGUUCGUGGAGGAGGAUGAUUCCACUCCGACUGACGAGGAUCAACACGCGGGUCUGAAUGGCGGGUUUCGAAGUCCGCCUCGAGGGCUCGACGCGCAGGCUAUCAAAGCAAGGCACGCUAACGGUUUGCGAGGUCUACCACCUGUUGGUGUUUUCUCCAGCCCAGUGCCCAGGAGUCCCAGAAGCCCCAUCGGAAGACCGGCCUGACCUUUGUCGACUACCAGCCUUUGUCGAUAUAUUUUGUCUCCCCUGCAUAGCACAGCGUGAUCGUUCAACGCGGUGCAUCCUUUUUGAAUGUAGCUGGCUUGCAUAGUGUAUAAACCGGUGUACAAUCUUGCCAGCCUUCAUGGUACAUGCGUUGGUUAUUUGGAGUGGCAGUGCCUCGCUAUGGGUGA